CAAGAUGGCCGCCGGCCGGCCGCCCCAUUCCCGGCGCGGGCAUCGCGCCCGACUCCAAGAUGGUGGUCAAUGGAGGCCACCGGAGACAGCCUAGCGGUAAACAUGUCCACAAGUCAAAGAAGGAAUCUAGCAAGUUCAUGUUGAGGUAUAUUCUCAAGACAAGACUCAGUGACUCAUUUGCUUUUCUGGAUAACGUAAUCCAUGGAUAAAGUGGGAAAGAUGUGGAACAAUUUCAAAUACAGGUGCCAGAACCUCUUUAGUCAUGAGGGUGGAAGCCAAAAUGAAAGUAUAGUUGUGAACUCCAAUAAUUGCUCAUCUGGUAAAGAGAAAGCCAUCCAGAUAAGUGACUUGCCUCAACAACAACCCAGCAGUCCUUUGAGAGAAAACAUUGCUUUGCAAUUAGGCUUAAGUCCUUCAAAGAAUUCAGCAAGGCGGAACCAAAACUGUGUCACAGAAAUUCCUCAGAUUGUUGAAAUAAGCAUUGAGAAAGAGAAUGACUCAUGUGUCACCACAGGAGCCAGGCUCACUCGAAGGGACUCUUAUUCUCGGCAUGCUCCUUGGGGUGGGAAGAAGAAGCAUUCCUGCUCUACCAAAACACAGAGCUCCUUGGAUACUGAGAAAAGAUUUGGUAGAACACGAAGCGGUUUGCAGAGGAGGGAGAGAAGGUACGGGGUGAGCUCAGUCCAUGACAUGGACGCGGUAUCCAGCAGGACGGUGGGCAGCCGUUCUCUGCGGCAGCGUCUCCAAGAUACUGUUGGGCUGUGUUUUCCCAUGAGAACUUACAGCAAGCAGUCCAAACCUCUGUUUUCUAACAAAAGAAAGAUCCACCUCUCUGAACUAAUGCUUGAGAAAUGCCCUUUUCCUGCAGGCUCAGAUCUGGCCCAGAAGUGGCAUCUGAUUAAACAACACACAGCACCCGUGAGCCCUCAUUCAACUUUCUUUGACACAUUUGAUCCUUCCUUGGUUUCCACAGAAGAUGAAGAAGACCGACUCAGAGAGAGACGUAGGCUUAGUAUUGAAGAAGGGGUUGAUCCCCCUCCCAAUGCCCAAAUACACACUUUUGAAGCUACAGCACAGGUAAAUCCAUUGUAUAAACUGGGACCAAAGUUAGCCCCUGGUAUGACUGAGCUGACCGGGGACAAAACCAUAACACCUCCAGGGAGCUGUGACUCCGAAGAGGACACGACGACGCUUUGCCUGCAGUCGCGCCGGCAGAAGCAGCGUCAGAUGUCGGGAGAGAGCCAUGGCCAUAUCAGCAGGCAGGGGGCUUGGAAAGUGCACACUCAGAUCGAUUACAUCCACUGCCUCGUGCCAGACUUGCUCCAGAUCACAGGUAACCCGUGCUACUGGGGCGUCAUGGACCGCUACGAGGCAGAAGCACUUCUGGAGGGGAAACCCGAAGGCACUUUCUUGCUCAGGGACUCUGCGCAGGAGGACUACCUCUUCUCGGUGAGCUUCCGCCGCUACAACCGCUCGCUGCACGCGCGCAUCGAGCAGUGGAACCACAACUUCAGCUUUGAUGCCCACGACCCCUGUGUGUUCCACUCCUCCACCGUUACGGGGCUUCUGGAACACUACAAGGACCCCAGCUCUUGCAUGUUCUUUGAACCCUUGCUCACCGUAUCUCUGAACAGGACCUUCCCCUUUAGUCUGCAGUAUAUCUGCCGGGCGGUAAUCUGCAGGUGCACUACGUACGAUGGAAUCGAUGACCUUCCUCUACCCUCAAUGUUGCAAGACUUUCUAAAGGAGUAUCACUAUAAACAAAAAGUCAGGGUGCGAUGGCUGGAGCGGGAACCUAUAAAAACAAAGUAAAAGGAAAUCAAAAUAAGCUUCUGGAACGUGCUUUUUUUUUGUGUAUUACAGUUUAACUGCAGCAAGCGCACCGAUGGCGUCUAGCUUUUCUGCAAUACCCUAUUUAAGCUGAGUGUUAGUAUCCUGUCAGAUGCUGCCUGCUGUUAAUCAAACUAAGUUGUGAUGCCUCUUGGAAACAAUAAGCAGACACAAUUCUGCACGUUUUUCAUUAAGGCCUAAUGAAAAUAUUUUUGCUAAUUUCUAAAUAUUUUGUUUCCCUUUUAUAGCUGUAGUAAUUGGAUGAAGAAACUAUGAGGCAUUUCCCAUGGGGCAUUCAUGUAAUGCUGUUAAAUGCUGUUAAAGAAAGGCUUUGUCGGAGGGGCAUUUUGCUAAUAUUUGAAGUAUUUUUUUAAAAAUUCUCUUCUUGAAAACUUUCCUCAACUCAAAGUAAUAAUUUAGAUCACAGACAAGUUUCCAAAUACUGGUGAAUAUUUUCUUGUAAUGAAGAGCAGUUCAUUAGAAGCAGUCCAUUAAGAGUUAAUGGUGCUUUGAGGCUAACAGAUGAAUCAUGCUUUUCACAGUGUAUAAUGUUUCCUAAUCAUUAAGACUUGAAUAUGCCUGCUCAGUACUGUAAUUCUGUUACAAACACUUGGAGAUUUAAGUGGCAUUGUUAGCAAAAGUAGUACUGUCUCAGACAGUUAAAAAUACCUUCCAGUGUGAAUUGCUGCUUCUGUGGCAGGACACAGAAUUAGAUUAUUGCUGUGAAACAGAAGGUUGUGGGUUUUUUCCAAAACAGAUUUUGGUGUCCUGACUGCUAGUAACUUACAGUGGAAGAUAAUAGUGACAAGAAAAAAAUUCUUAAUUAUUUUAAGUUGUCUGAUAUUUUUAUGGAGAACAUGACAAGUGGUUGAAUUAUUAUAAUCAGAGUACAAAAUCUGACAUAUCUGAAGCAAAUGUCAGGUUUCAAAGGUACUGGUACACUUUAUUUGUAAAUAUCUUUCCAUCUGCGCUUUUAAAAAUGUUUUAAAGUAAUAUGCACUGAUGAUAGUUUCAACAGAUUACUUAGAAACAAGAUUCUAACUUCUGUUUGCUUAUUUACUUGGAGAUGGAACUUAAAAGUAGUUCUAUCUUAGAUAUUUUGCACUAAAAUCUUGUUGGAAUGCCCUGACCCCUGUUUAAUGUUUUGUACCAAUUCUGAGUGCUCCCUAGUUUCUUUACCAGCUGCUACAGUAUUUGAUUCCUUCCUUCUCUACGGCAGUGACCUGUGCGAGGUAGGAAACACUUUGGCUGCAAGUACAAUAAACGUUAUUCUUGUAUGCUACACUAACCCUUCUAUUGAUGUAUUUUUCUGCUUGCUGUGCCUUGUUCUGGCUUUUUGUGCUAAUAAAGUACAGUAUGUUCAGUGUUA